GCCGCGAUGCUGAAGAAAAUGGUGAUGAUGAGCGCAAUUGCAGUUUCGGCUGCUUUCGCCCCUGGCUCAGUCCUUCCUAAGAGCGACGUCAGACUGAGAAGCGCUGGACCGGUCUGCCUGCUCGCCCCUGGCCAGAUGGCAACUCCCGUGCUCCAGACCGCUGAGACCCUCACAACCAUGGACGGAAGAGGAGACAAGCGGACCACCAAGGGCAAGAGGUCGGCAAAGAGCUUCGGCAAGAGCAGGCCUCGCAAGGGUCACGGCAGAGCCGGCACCCGUCUGGCAACCGGAGGUGUUUGGGGUCAGCCGACUUGCUAAGUCAGCAUGAUGGCGGGGUUUUCUUUCACGUCUCUUCACUGAUCCAUCGAGAUUUCCUUUCUUGUAAUAAAUGGAACGCCAGAAAAUCUG